UUCCCCUCGCAGCCAAUCAGUGCGAGGCUCUCGCGGCAGGUCGGUGCGUCGCGCUCGCGGACGAUCAGACGCUCCAUAUUUAGCCGUCGCGAGUCUCGCGGAGGCUCUGAGUGUCAGAGAAACCCUGCGAGAGAGAGAGAGUUCAGCUCCCAACUUAUUUCAUGUCACCGCCGGUGUAAAACGGAGGGAAUCCGCGCUAUCGAAAAGCCUCGAGCUUCGAGGACGGAAUUCAUGGAUGAUCGGGGACCUUCGCCUGCGGCGUUUCACGGGAUUUUUCUCCUCACAGAUGGGAAUGUAGCUUAGCUGGUUAGCCUGGCCGCUAGCAGUAGCAGGCUAGCUGUGUCGAAGAGCGGAGGCGACAUCAGUUGACUUUUACUCGCUGUAGCGUCAUAACACCUCAACAAACCGCCUCGGUCUUUCCAAAGACGCGUUUCUGAAGGCGUCGCCGUCACAGAAACAGCGAUUCGGGACUGUAUUCGGGCAGGUUGAGGGGAACUUCACGUUUUAGCUGGCUGGCUAGCUGGCCGUCACGUCAGUCUGUCAACCGAGCCUGAAAUCCCGGCCGGAUAGUUCGAGCCACGGAACCUCGGCCUCCUCUGAUACACGAGCUUCUGGGAAGGUGGACUAGGAGCCCGUAAACCGGGAGGCGACGCUCGCAUUGGGUUAACGGAACCAGUUCGGGCGGCUUCUGAAGUUCGUCUACUACGAGCCGGGGAGGGAACCGGACAGAGACCUCAUGAAUGGAAAUCGGAACUACAGGAGACGUUGGGGCCCAGGCCCUGUUCUCCGUGCCACGGAGGCCCGGCUAUGGCACCGUGGGGAAACCCAUCAAGCUGCUGGCCAACUGCUUCCAGGUGGAGAUCCCCAAGAUGGACGUCUACCUGUAUGAGGUUGACAUAAAGCCUGAGAAGUGUCCACGCCGCGUGAACAGGGAAGUUGUGGACUCCAUGGUGAAGCACUUUAAAGUCACCAUCUUUGGGGAUCGAAGGCCAGUUUAUGAUGGGAAGAAAAGCCUCUACACCGCCAACCCACUGCCUGUGGCACCCACGGGGGUGGAUCUGGACGUUACGCUGCCAGGGGAGGGGGGUAAAGACCGACCCUUUAAAGUCUCUAUUAAAUUUGUGUCCCUGGUGAGCUGGCACCUAUUACACGAGGUACUAACGGGUCGCAGUACAUCAGAGCCGCUGGAGCUGGACAAGCCAAUCAGCACCAACCCAGUUCACGCUGUGGAUGUGGUGCUCCGCCAUCUACCCUCCAUGAAGUACACUCCUGUGGGCCGCUCGUUCUUCUCUGCCCCGGAGGGCUACGACCAUCCUCUGGGUGGAGGCAGAGAGGUGUGGUUCGGCUUCCACCAGUCUGUUCGGCCGGCCAUGUGGAAGAUGAUGCUCAACAUUGACGUGUCAGCCACAGCUUUCUACAAAGCACAGCCAGUUAUUCAGUUCAUGUGUGAGGUACUGGACAUCCACAACAUUGACGAGCAGCCUCGGCCCCUCACAGACUCCCACCGAGUCAAAUUCACCAAAGAAAUCAAAGGUCUGAAGGUGGAGGUGACACACUGCGGAACCAUGCGGAGGAAGUACCGGGUCUGCAAUGUGACCCGCCGCCCCGCCAGCCACCAAACGUUCCCUUUGCAGUUGGAGAACGGCCAAACUGUAGAACGAACAGUAGCUCAGUAUUUCAGAGAAAAGUACAACCUGCAGCUCAAAUACCCCCACCUGCCCUGCCUACAGGUGGGCCAGGAGCAGAAACACACCUACCUGCCCCUGGAGGUGUGUAAUAUUGUAGCAGGGCAGCGGUGCAUCAAGAAACUGACAGAUAAUCAAACCUCCACCAUGAUCAAAGCCACAGCGCGAUCAGCACCAGACAGACAGGAGGAGAUCAGCAGACUGGUGCGCAGUGCUAACUAUGAAGCAGACCCGUUUGUGCAGGAGUUCCAGUUUAAGGUGCGAGACGAGAUGGCCCACGUGACGGGGCGUGUGUUGCCUGCGCCCAUGCUGCAGUACGGGGGCAGGGUGAGCACAGAGCACUUUAUGAACCGCACUGUGGCCACACCCAGCCAUGGAGUUUGGGACAUGAGAGGGAAACAGUUCCACACUGGCGUGGAGAUCAAGAUGUGGGCCAUCGCCUGCUUCGCCACGCAGAGACAGUGCAGAGAAGAGAUUCUCAAGGGUUUCACCGACCAGCUGCGCAAGAUCUCAAAGGACGCUGGGAUGCCGAUCCAGGGUCAGCCGUGUUUCUGUAAGUACGCACAGGGAGCCGACAGCGUGGAGCCCAUGUUCAGACACCUGAAGAACACCUACUCUGGACUGCAGCUCAUCAUCGUCAUCCUGCCCGGGAAAACACCCGUCUACGCGGAGGUGAAGCGUGUGGGAGACACUCUUCUAGGAAUGGCCACUCAGUGUGUUCAGGUGAAGAAUGUGGUGAAGACCUCCCCUCAGACGCUCUCCAACCUCUGCCUCAAAAUCAACGUCAAACUCGGCGGCAUCAACAACAUCCUGGUGCCGCAUCAACGGCCGUCAGUGUUUCAGCAGCCAGUGAUCUUUCUGGGGGCGGAUGUGACGCAUCCACCUGCAGGAGACGGGAAGAAACCCUCCAUUGCAGCGGUGGUGGGCAGUAUGGACGCUCAUCCUAGCAGGUACUGCGCCACAGUGCGUGUCCAGAGACCCAGACAGGAAGUGAUUCAAGACUUGGCCUCUAUGGUGCGAGAGUUACUCAUUCAGUUCUACAAGUCCACUCGCUACAAACCCACCAGAAUCAUCUUCUACAGGGACGGCGUGUCUGAGGGCCAGUUUAGACAGGUGUUGUAUUAUGAGCUGCUGGCCAUUCGAGAGGCCUGUAUCAGUCUGGAGAAGGACUACCAGCCCGGCAUCACGUACAUAGUGGUGCAGAAACGCCACCACACGCGUCUCUUCUGUGCUGAUCGCAAUGAGAGGGUGGGUCGCAGCGGAAACAUUCCUGCUGGUACAACAGUCGACACGGAUAUCACACACCCCUACGAGUUUGACUUUUACCUCUGCAGUCAUGCUGGAAUACAGGGCACUAGCCGACCCUCCCACUACCAUGUCCUGUGGGACGACAACUGCUUCACUGCUGAUGAGUUCCAGCUGCUCACUUACCAGUUGUGCCACACGUACGUGCGCUGCACCCGCUCCGUCUCCAUCCCCGCGCCAGCCUACUACGCCCACCUGGUGGCCUUCCGUGCGCGAUACCACUUGGUGGACAAAGAACACGACAGUGCCGAGGGCAGCCACGUCUCGGGGCAGAGUAACGGUCGGGAUCCCCAGGCGCUGGCCAAAGCUGUGCAGAUUCACCAUGACACACUGAGGACCAUGUACUUUGCCUAAGCCAGCUCACAUCCAUCCCACCUUCGACUAGUCACGAACCCGACAACCGCAUACACAUGCCGUCACACCUCCCAAAAGCAAGUGCAUCCUGAAGGGUCGAUCUCUGUGAUGAGAUCGGUGAUGGAAGCGCGGCCAGCCCCGACACUGUGCAGCAGGAUGAGGAAGGCCUGCUUUAAUUCCACACGUGGACCUCAGCACUAUUAUGCAAUAUUAAACCAGCCAACUGAGGCCGUUCUGUCAUAUCCCCUCCAAAACCCAAACCAAAAGGGAAGCCCGUCUAUGUCCCCGCUCCUCUUCCUGUCUGUAGACGUAACGUUUAAUUACUUUCCCUGCCUGUCACACCUUGUACCUCAACGUUUUCUAACAGCACUUUUUCCCCUUAUUGCCCACCCCAAAAUGAGAUUGGAAUGGAAGCGGAUGGAAAGACUGAGUCCCGAAGAAAGGAAGUUUUGGGGAACGCCUACGGAUAGAUGUACUUUUCUCCCGUUCUCAAUUAUUUUUGUAGCCAAUGGUGACUUAACUACGUGUUAAAGUGUCAGUCGUGAAGAACCAAUUGUGCGUUAGCGUUUUAAAACAGAAAAACAAGCUUUUAUUGUUAGAGAAGUGCCAUUGCAGAGCGUAAAGUCCUUUAUGACGUACCCCACCGGGGGGCAGAAAGCUGACAGUUUAAAUUUUUUAAAGCAAAUUUACGCUCUAGCUUUCAUGUACUACAAUGCAAAGUGAUCAUGUUUUGAUGCUUUUUCUUAUUUUUAACACCCAAAUUCCCUCCAAUAUUUCUGUCUCGCAGCUCCUAGCAGAUUGUCUUGUUCGCUCCCCUCCUGCACUUUGUCUCGAUUUAAAAUGCAUAGUCCGUGUUAUGUGACAGAUCAUAGUUUAGUGCAAUAAUCCAUUAGCGGGAUGAGAAUACCUCCUGUGCAAAGACUCCGUAUGCGACUGGGGGGGGGGAGGGGGGAGGCAUCCGAAAGCACAUGAUGGGCAUUGCGGUUGGUUUUUAGGAUGGAGGUGUGCAUGUUUGCCACUUUUACGGUUUAUUUUUGGUGAAAGAACAGCAGCGUUUCCUGGCGAUUGACCGUAGUGAGUUAACAAGUGCCUGCUAGAAAUGCAUGACGUUGAGAGGUCAGAAACAGAACAAAUGCACCUCAUUCAGUCUAACCAAGGGCACAGUUGCGACCACAUUUGACUGUACGGCCUUAAUACAAUCUCGCGGUUUCAACGUCUCGAUUUUCACUGCCCUGCCUGUUCAAAGAAGUUUGCUGCUAUUGUGCUUGUUCAAGUCCGACUGGUGGGUUCAUGCUUCAGUUCGCCUAGGCACGAGGGACCGUUUGGCAGCUCUAGGCCACGUGUUCAAGGAGAAGCUCUGGCUGCACCUGAUUCGUGCUCGGUCACUGGAGGGCCACUAGGGGUCAGUAUAGUGUUUUACUUGAAGGGUGCAGUGAGCGUCGGGUGCCUUACCGUCUCUCCGUGCGCCAUCUGAAGCAUGUCCCGCUGUUUAAAGGUGAUAAUCUGCACUAAAUAAUGCGUAAUGCAUGGUGCUAUUAGGUGCGGCCCAUGGCGGCAUCAGCAACUGGCAGAAACUUAAUGUGUAAGAUGGAACAUGGGAUGCAUAAAUGGUGCUGGUUGCGUGUAUUUCUCUCACUCUGAGGAGAAAUUUCUCAUUAGGACAGACAUUUGGUCGUUUUGUAUGUUUGUUUGUUUGUUAGAUUUGCAUUUGAUUUUAUUGCAGAGAAAGGUACAGCACAGUGGCCAGUCAGAAUACGAUUACGGCCAAUUGCACGAAGCACUAUAAAGCGGAAGAUUUUAAUGCGUAACUUUUUUUUAAAUAACAAUUUCAGUCCCUUUAAAAUACCGAACUGCAGUUUAUGCAAUCAGAUAAAUUCUAAAGUAUAAUUAAUCGAAUGAAACUAAUGCAGUAGGCUGUUGUGAUGGAUUUUCUGUUUUUUUUGGUUAAGUGUGCAUUAGAGGCUGAACCUAUUGAAGAAGGUACACCGUGUUUUAUGCCCAUCAAAAGUGGUUUAAGUGAUGCCGUAAGCAUCAAAACAGCAGCUACUGAAAUUGUGCCAUUUUUUUAUUUCACCUUCCCGAAUGAAACCGCUUAUCGGUGCUUCAGAGCCUUGGAAGUAAAACUGUCUGUGUGUGGAUGCCAAACUGCUAUCAGUUUCUGAAGCAAUCUUAAUGAGGUGUCAUACAAUUUUAUUUUUGUGUUGUUUUAACUUCACACACACACACA